GCGGUUUAAUUUAAAGCAUGAUUUUAUGAGCAACAUUCGAAAGUAAUUAUUGAGCAUAAGAUUGAAUUAUUCUGAUACAUGUAUGGCAUAUAGGAAUGAAUGCCAGUUAACUAUCUUGCCUAAGGUAAUACUGUUUGGCUGAAAGAAAAAUCAAUUUAUCAUAAGUCAGCGCUAGUAAGCCGGAAGCAAGAAUGAAUGAAGUCUCCUUUAUCAAUGACGUCACCCUAUCGUCCACGGAAAGGCUUCGGCACCUCUCGCGGUAUUUCCCCGCAGAUGGGAUUUUGAAAUCAAGGGCUGUGCCUGUGGGGGUUGAUUAAACAGAGAUUUCUUACUAUGAGUGAUGAUAAACCCUUCCUAUGCACGGCUCCUGGGUGUGGCCAGAGAUUUACAAAUGAAGACCACCUGGCUGUGCAUAAACACAAACAUGAGAUGACCCUCAAGUUUGGUCCAGCAAGGAACGACAGUGUCCUUGUUGCUGACCAAACCCCGACACCAACACGCUUCCUUAAGAACUGCGAGGAAGUGGGUCUCUUCAACGAGUUGGCCAGCCCUUACGAACAUGACUUCAAGAAAGCUUCAGAUUAUGACAUUAAAAAGAUGCCGUUGGAUUUGUCGCCACUGGCCACACCGAUAAUGCGAAGCAAAAUGGAGGACAACACAGGCAUGGAGGUACACAGAGUCAGUCCUCUGCCCCAUCCUGAGUCCACCACUAAUGAUGACCAGGAAUUAUCCUUGCAGUCGACACCCACUAUAGUGCAUCCGGCCUCCCUCCACGUCCCCAAUAUACUGCUAGCAACGUCAGACGCUAAUGUUGUCACACAGCAAGCGCUCCCUUCGCCAACCUCUAGCUCUGUUAUUACGCCCGUCCCCUCCAGUAAUAGGCCUGUAGUUCCAGCUCCGUUCCCUCUGCUCCUUCAGCUGAACCGCUCCCAGACCCGGCCCACGGCCGUCCCAGCGCCCGUCACAAGCUCCACCUUGCACAUCCCCACUACCGGCCCGACUGUCAGGCCUGUCACCAUCGUGCGUAAUGUCCCAGGGAUCCCAGGACCCCACUCGCCGCAGCUCGUCCAAUCAGAAGCCAAGCUGGUAAGUGUGCUUGUUUGUGUUUAUUUAUAUAUUUAUUUGUGCGUGUCUUUUGUCCUCUUUUUGGUCGCUUUGAUUAGAACGUGAUAUCCGUGAGGGUGUUUGACCGCUUGUCCCAGUCAUUCAGAUACUGACAGAUCUGAUAUAAUAUAAGGUAAGGUAUAAGGUACCAUCGCAUGAGGCAAUCAGCUGCUUGUUUGACCAGUGGAGGGAGCUACCGAAAGCUAAAAGACUGUAUUUAUAUUGGGUUUAUGUGAGAGAAGUGAAAUCUUUAAUUCACACGUUAUUAUCGUGUUUAUUAUCACUAGUAUAGCAUUAAUAUCAGUUUUGGGGCUAAAGCAAAUGACUACAGUUUAUAAAAUAUUCUGAAUUCCUCCAAUCAAACACCUUCUGUGAGUAUUCCACCUGCCCCGCGUAAUGAGAUCCACUAUACUGCAGAGGGGUUAGCUCGGUACGAGUUCAAUACCGUGGUGAAAGGGCGCUCGAUGGGAGCCAUUGAUUGGUCGAUUAGUGGCCUUGUUGCCAAGUGGCCUUGUUGAUCAAGCACCAGACAGCAGGGUGUCUAAGUGGA